GUUAUAGUCGAGAAAGCGCACGAUUCGUUUUCUUUCCACCAUAUGGCAGUACAUUUGAAAUCAAAUACGGAAGACCUACGGUCGGUUUUCAAUAAGUAUGCCAGUGUUAGCAAGAAUGGUCAAAUGUAUAUGACUUCGAAAGAUUUCGCUGUCAAAUAUCUACGUUUAUUCAAUGAAGAAAAUUACAACGUAUCAUCAGUUAAUUGUAUUGCUAGUGCUGCCGAUACCACAAAAGAUGGAUUGAUUUCUUUCGAAGAAUUUCUUGCGUUUGAAGCUCUUCUGUGCACAUGCGACUCUUUAUAUUCGUGGACAUUUGAACUGUUCAAUCGAGACGGCCUCGGGGUCAUAUCAUUUGACAAUUUUAAGAAAACACUCGAUAUGACAUCGGUGAAUAAAGAUUUUACGUUUAAUUUCGAUUGUGAUUUCAUCAACCUGCAUUUUUCCAAGGAUAGAUCACGUAAAAUUCCUUAUGAUGAAUUCACGCAAAUAAUUCACGACUUCAAUAAUGAGCAUGCUAUCCAAGCCUUUAAACAAAUGGAUCAAGAUAAAACUGGAACGAUUACAGUUGAUCAGUUUAAAAGUAUUAUUUUGCAGUUGAAAAGUCAUUUGUUGACUCCUUUGAUUAAAGAAAAUUUACUCACAGUUGCCUUACAAGGCGAAAUGAAUGGUGGUCGUAUUACCUUUGCUUAUUAUAUGGCUUUCAUUGCACUCUUAACUAAUAUGGAAUUAGUUAAAAAAGUGUAUCUAAGUCGAACUAAUGGGAACGCCAAAGUAGAAUUGACUAAAGAGGAAAUGUUGAAUGCAGCACAAAAUUUCUCUCAAAUCACGCCAAUGGAAAUGAGUAUUCUAUUUCAGCUCAUUUCACUUCUUCGAAAAGAUGGACGCGUUACUUAUCAAGAUUUAUGUGCUUUUACCCCCGUGGAAGAAAAUUCUAUGUCACACCAUAUGCAGGCUCGACUUCAGGGAAAUUCUGGAAAUAAUGUAAAUGUACCUCGUGGAAGAAGUGUUUUAAUGUCCAUACUUGAACAAUGUUAUCGGUUCACUUUAGGCUCAAUUGCUGGUGCAUUCGGAGCUACUGCCGUCUAUCCAAUCGAUCUUGUUAAGACAAGAAUGCAAAAUCAACGUGCUACUGGAUCAACUACGGGUGAACUUAUGUAUAAAAAUAGCUGGGAUUGUUUUCGUAAAGUUAUUCGAUUUGAAGGAUUUUUCGGUUUGUACCGAGGUUUAGGACCACAGAUAUUAGGUGUUGCACCAGAAAAAGCGAUUAAACUUACCGUCAAUGAUUUAGUUCGUGAUCAAUUUACAAAACCGAAUGGUGAUAUCUCAAUAUAUGCUGAAAUAUUAUCUGGAAGUUGUGCAGGAGCAAGUCAAGUAAUUUUUACUAAUCCUUUGGAAAUUGUAAAAAUACGACUUCAAGUUGCUGGAGAAAUCGCUGAUACAAGGCGUCUAUCAUCCUUCUCAGUUGUCAAAGAUUUAGGACUUUUCGGGCUUUACAAAGGAUCACGAGCUUGUUUUUUACGUGAUAUCCCAUUUUCAGCUAUAUAUUUUACUUCAUAUAGCCAUUUGAAAAAGUAUUUUGCAAAUGAAAAUGGUUGUAAUUCAUCAACAAGCUUAUUACUGGCUGCAACAAUUUCUGGAGUUCCUGCAGCAUUUUUAGCCACACCAGCAGAUGUAAUCAAGACAAGAUUACAGGUUGUAGCGCGUACAGGUCAAACAACAUAUACAGGAGUAAUUGAUGCGGCUAGAAAAAUUUGGCGUGAAGAAGGUGGUCGGGCAUUCUGGAAGGGAUCUGGUGCUCGCGUAUUUCGAUCUAGUCCACAGUUUGGAGUGACACUUUUAUCAUAUGAAACACUUCAAAGAUAUCUCAACUUUGAUUUUGGUGGAAGGUACUUUUCAUAUUUCAUCGGCUUUUUCUCUUUCUGUAUAUACUUCUUGUCCAUUUUUUCUCUCGUCUUUGAUUUCGCUAAAUCGUAAACUUUUCUGUACAUUUGUAUUAUAUUUCAGAAUUAAUAACUUAACCCACAUGUAACGUAGUGUAAUAUACUUCUUUGAUUAAGUUACAUCAAUAAAUAAUGGUUUAAGGAACUUUUACCUAGCUGAGAAUUAUCGAAGAUUUUUUUAUGAUCUCCCUAUAACGGUUAUGGUCAUGAGUCACUGAUAUCCCAAAAAAAAUUUAUAAUAGUCGGUGUUGUUAAUAAUUUCUAUGAUGUAUUUAUGUCAAUGAGUCUUAGUAGUAACCAAUACGUAUUUUGCUGCUAGAAUUUUAUUGGUCAAGUUACAUUGUAAUCUUUAGUAUAAGUGACUCGACAUCUCUUACGUAAUAAUUUAAUGUUAUUUGGUUAGAUGUGGUAAUAGGUUAGAAGGUUGAGAUCUUGAUUGGCACGAUUUAUGUGAUUUAUAUGAUAACCAUAUAUUAUUUUUUAAUUAGUUCUUCAAUCUAUUAUUAUUUUUUCUUAUUGAUGAUUUUACCAUAAACCUAAAAUUUACUCAUCAUUCGAAAAUUAAUCUGUUUUUUUAGAGAACUCUCUGGUAAACCAAUUAAUUGUCAUACUUCAGUAUUUCCAACUAAUCCUGAUCAUAUUGGCGGUUAUCAAUAUGCAACAACCACAUUUUGUGGUAUUGAAUCACGUUUAGGAUUAUGCUUUCCGAAAUAUGCAUUGAAUUAAAAUGAUUUGUUUUGUUAAUUUGUGCGCCUUCAUAAUUCAAUCUCGGUCCGAAAUUCUUAUAUUUUUUUUCUAUUGAAUUCCUUUUUUUUAUUUUUAUCUAAUGUGACAAUAAUGAUGGGUCGUUUUUGUAAACUGUAUUUUAUUACAACUCUCAGGUGAACUAGGUUUUGCAUAGAAAGCAUAUUCUGUAAAGGUAUUAGAUUGGUUAUGAUAAGCAAACUAUCCAUAUUCAUAUACAUAUACACAACCUUUAACGUAAUAUUUGUCUAACAUUUCCUCUGUUCAUAAAUGUUGUAAUGGAUAUCAAAAAAUAUAGGAUGUAUUCAAAUUUGUUCGUCUUGUUCUUUUUCUAUCCUUAACUUGCUUUUUUUUCCUGUAUUCACGAUGGACAUCAUAAGACUACAAUUGAAAAGUUCGUUUUGUCUGUUAUUUUUUUUCGUUUUUGUCAUAUCUAUGAAGAAAGUAUUCUGUUAUUUUGCAUUCUCUAGCAUUAUGGUGUUUAUGGUUCUUUUUUCUUUUCUGUUUUAUUACAUAAAUCUCUCUUCUGAUUCAAAGUUUAACAGUAUAUUUCCAACGGUCAUUUUGCUAAUUUAUAGUGGUAUUUUAUUCCAUCUCAUUGUAUUAAUAUAUCUUUUAAUUGUACAAUCGACAGUAUAUUAAUAUUUCUGUUACCUCUCCUGGAUUAUUACUGAUACUGUUACAUCAUCCAAUAUUUUUUAGGGGUAAUGACAUCUAAAAUAACUUAAGAUUAUUGUUUUCAAUUUUCUCACAAUUUUAUUUUAUAUUAAUUAUGAACAAGUAUCUCUCAGCAGAUGUAAUGACUACAAUUGUACGUAUUAUUUCCUUACUGUUGUACUUAAUUUUUCUGCAUAAAAUGUUUAAAUAAUGG